CAUGCUGGAGACAGAGAUCUUGGCUGAGCUGUUCACCUGGACUUCAGUAGUCAGCUCAGCAGUCAGCUUCUGAAAAGCUCUCUCCUUCCCAUUUUUUAUUUAGAACAAGAAAGAUGUGAUCCAGGAAACAUGGCACAUCAGAUCUGAUAAAGGUUUCCAGCAUCCAUCUGAGUUACGGGCGUAGACAGAAGAAAAAAAUGAAUUUGAAACAUUCAGUGGGGUGUAUUCUACUGCUGUUUGUUCAGUGCAGACUACAGACACGUGCAGAAGAGGUCCUUGAACUUGCCAAUUCUCACAUGCUUUCACCAGGGGACUAUAUGAAGCUGAUUAACAUUAAUACAAAAGGCACCAAGUAUCCUCGGGACUGCAGUGAAAUUUUUAAGUGGUCUGAACAGAGUUCCAAAGAUGGCAUUUACAUCAUUCAGCCAGCAAAAGAGCCCAUAGGUGUGUUCUGUGAUAUGCAAGAUGGUGGUUGGACAGUGAUUCAGCACAUUACUGCUAAUAGUAGUGUGGAUUUUGAUAGGACCUGGCAAGACUACAAAUAUGGAUUUGGCUCACUUAAUGACAACUACUGGUUAGGGAAUGAAUAUAUGCACCAGUUAACCAAUUCUCCGAGACCAUAUAUACUUAGGGUUAAACUUGUAGACCUAAAUGCUGAAAUCAAAUUGGGGGAGUAUGAGCCAUUUCUCAUUGAGGAUGAAGCAUCUCAAUACAGGAUCAGGCUUGGCUUGUAUAAAGGCAGCGCUGCUGAUGCUCUGACUCAGGAUACAGAAGCCUAUCUUCAUGACAACCAGAAGUUCACUACAAAAGACAAAGACAAUGACAACUACUUUCAAAACUGUGCCAAACUGGAGCACAAUGGUAUUCCUGGUGGAGGCUGGUGGUACGAUGCGUGUGCUGGAGCAAAUCUAAACCGCAGGAACGUUAUAUAUUGGCAGAAGGACUGCAACAAAGAGCAAAUGUGUAAAUAUGCCUGGAUGAUGGUCAGGCCAGCAGAUUACAGCCAGGACCAUUCUAUGGCUUGUCCUGCUCAGAAAAAUGAGCUGUAAAAGACACUGCAAAAUUAAAUCCAGCUCUUCAAGUUCUAAUCUGUGGAUGGAAUUUUCUCUCUAACUUGCAUGUAAGAAACAAAAUGUUUUACUGAGUGGUUUGUUUUUGGAUGUAUAAAUAAAUAUCUUAUACCUGGUACUG